AUGCAAAGUUUACAUAACAUCGGCGAAACGCCGUACCAGAAGGCAGUCAGUGGGAAAGCUUCGGCGUCGUCCAGGGCAAGAAUGGGACCGCUCGAAACGCUCACUUUUGUCGCGUCGGUUUUGCUAGAUGUUGUGACGUUUUUCGUCCUGCUGGUUCCGAUAAUCGUGCAGUACGCCGUCGGUCUAACGCGCAAGGUGUCAAAGAAGAACAUUUCCGGCUGGACGGCACUCGUUACGGGUGGUGCGAACGGACUCGGGCGAGACAUCUGUCUACAGCUGGCCCAGACCGGCUGUCAUAUUGCCGUAGUUGACCUGGAUGAUGUCAAUGGAGUCCAAACGGUGGCGGACGUCAGGAAGCUGGGCGUGAAAGCGCAAUUCUUUAAGGCCGAUGUUUCAUCGUUCGAAGCCGUAAGCAACCUGAAAAGGGAGGUUUCCACGAAGCUGGGUCCGGUCGAUAUUCUAGUGAACAAUGCAGGUGUUCUACCGCUUAUGUCCUUGCGCGAGGGCACCCCGGAAGAUCUGAAGAAAGUGAUUGAAAUCAACCUGCUGUCCCAUCUCUGGACCCUGCGCCUGUUCACUGACGAUAUGAUCCAGCGGAAACGAGGCCACAUCGUGGCGAUCGCAUCGAUAGCCUCAUACCUGCCAAUUGAACGUAUGAUUACAUACGCCGCCUCAAAGUACGGCGUUCGGGGUCUUAUGGGUUCGUUUGCAAGCGAGCUGCAUAACGAGGGCGUUGACGAUAUCGUUAAAACUACAACCGUCUACCCGUGCUUCAUUAAAACACGACUCGAACUAAUGGAUGCGCUCAAGAAAAUGGGCAUUAAAAAUCGAGUUCCCAUCAUGCGCAGCGAAACGGUGGCUCGAGCAGUUGUUGGAGGGAUUCUCUACAACAAGACGCACGUGCACUUGCCGAAAAUUGUUGGACCUUUCGUUGGAAUUUAUGAGAAUCUUCCUGCAUCAGUUGCACAUUUAGCGAAGAGAUGCUUGUUAAGAACGAACAUACCGAACGUCAUGGAACGAUAA